UCCAAACAAAGUGUUGAAUCAUAAAAUUAAAAAAGUUUAUUUAAUUAUUCAUUCGUCAUACGUACGAGCUGCUUAUCACGUAUAUAUUUUCUAUUAUAAGACCAGUUUACUUCAGUCAGUCGAUUGAAUUGUAUUGAACAAGUAAUAAAUAAUCGGGAAAAUAUUCAUUUUGUUCGGACUUUUAGAAAGUAUUUGAAAAGUUUCGUGUAUUUAUAAGAUGGCUACAGAAGUAAGUGCUCCAUCGAUGCCGCAGCUGCAGUCAGUGCAGAAGGCCAUGGCUUUGCCCACAGUUGAGGCUGCCGUUGGACAAGUCGGAGCUUUCUACACAAGAGUCAAAGGAGCCCACUCCUUGCUAGAAUGGGCGCUAUCCACUGCUGAGGCGGGCAUGUACCGUGCAGCCAACACAGCGGCGCCCUACGUGGCGGUGCCCCUUGCUGCUGGAGACGCCAAGGUGGCCGCCGUCAUCGACGAGCUGGAGCGCCGCGUCCCGCUCGUCACAGAACAGCCCAAGGUCAUUGUGGAGACCACUAAACAAGCAGUCCUAUCCAGAAUCUCACCACAUGUUAAUAAGGUAUACACAGCCAAGACAGCAGCCGAGAACCGCGUCCACUCUCUGAAGGAGCUCUCAUGGGCGAAGGCUAACGCGCUGCUGACCACAGCUUACGGCCAGAAGGUGGUGCACAGCGUGGACGCUGGUGCAUCAUACGCCAUGCAGCUGCUCGACCACUACCUACCUGCUGUCGGAGCUCAGGAGGAAUCUAGCAAUGAAAUUGUAGCGGUGUCGAACGACCCGGCGCUGCAUACAGUGCAGACUGUCGGUCGGCUGAGCGCCGUGGCAGCGCGUCGCGUGUGGGCCAACCUCGCAUACAAAGUUAACGAGCUUAGGAACUCAGGUGUGGAACUGGAUGUACGUCGGUACAUCACCGCGUUGUUGGCAGCCCUGCAUCUUGCUAAAGUGACCAGUGACCAGCAACAACAAGAGAAAGAGCAAGAGCAGCAGGAGAAGGAGAAGUUCCAGACCCCGGAGCCUUCGUCCCCUGCGUCGGCUACCUCCUCCCCUCCCAAGAACACGGAAGAAUCCUCCCCCACCACCGCCAACAAAGUGAAAUCAACACCUGAAUCCAAGUCUACAGAAACUUCUAAUUAAAUCCUUAUUCAUUUUAUUAUAAUAACAAUUAAUAUUAUGUUUAACGUAUAAGCUGCAGGCGCAGUUAUUUUUAGCGCGUUGCAGUUUCAGCGACGUGCGAUAAUGCAUGUCCUCAUACAGAAUGAGGUCGCGGAACAUUCACACUCGCUAAUAAUAACAAUGUGUCUGUCCUUAAGUUAAGUCACAGCCACAAUGCCGGUAUACAGGCUGUACCUACAUUGUUAUGGCGCAUUUAAUGUAUUUAUAAUUAAUCAAAGACUGUCGAUAUGUCUUCAAUAUUCAAUUAUUUUAUUGUAAUGAAGCUAUUUUAUAAAUUUUAUAAUCAUGUAGCGAGUUUUUAAUCGCAUUUUAAUAAAAGAUUUAUAUACAAAUAAAA